GCAACACUGUAAAAAAAGAAAGUGAAGUGAAAGAAAUGAAAUUACGGGAAUAGGUCGCAAGUCGUAUAGAUUUUUGGUUGAUUUCCUUUUCACUUUGCUUUAAUAUUCUCUAUAGCAUCUAAUAAACUAAAGUUUAUUUGUGUUUCUGGUUAUAUUUUGAUUCAACGGACUCGGUGCCGUACCAUCGAAAACAGGAUAGGUACAAAAGUGAACAGGCAUCUUAUUGAUUUUCUUACCUUGCAUAUGCUUUCAAGUAACGCGAAGUGCUGUUAUUAAAAUCACCAAGAAAUCUAUAAUCUGACUGAUUUGUAUUGUUAUUAAUAUUAAUAGAGUUAUUAUAAUUAGUGGUAUUUCACCAUAUUCGGUGUUAAUAGAAAUCAUUAAAAAUGAUGGCAAACGCUCUCGACACCGUGAACGCAAACCAGCCCACGCAAAAUGGUAGUAAGGUGCAGCCUAGCAAUAACGAGUCAAAAACCAAUCUUAUAGUGAAUUACUUACCACAAACGAUGACACAAGAAGAGAUACGGUCGCUGUUUUCUAGCGUCGGCGAAGUAGAAAGUUGCAAGCUAAUUAGAGACAAAGUGACAGUGUUCCCUGACCAUAUCUUGAACGGACAGAGUCUUGGGUAUGCUUUCGUCAAUUAUCACAAACCUGAGGACGCGGAGAAAGCGGUGAACACGCUCAACGGUUUGAGAUUACAGAAUAAAAUCAUCAAAGUCUCUUACGCCCGCCCAAGUUCUGACGCUAUCAAAGGAGCUAACUUAUACGUGUCGGGUCUGCCUAAGCAUAUGACGCAGCAGGAACUAGAGAAGCUCUUCAGUCCAUAUGGUACUAUCAUCAGCUCGCGGAUCCUGCAUGAAAAUGUGAACGUCAGUCACUUGUUACAAGUUGGAGGAGAUGAUCAGUCUCUUCAGGGACCAUCGAGAGGUGUCGCCUUCAUCAGGUAUGAUCAACGAUGCGAAGCAGAGGCAGCUAUACGUGAGUUGAACGGGACUGUGCCACCUGGUGGUACAGGCCCUAUGACAGUGAAAUGUGCUAAUAACCCCAGUAAUCAGAAUAAGGCCCUGGCACCAUUGGCUGCUUACUUAGCUCCCACAUCAACUCGUCGCUUCCUCCCAGCUGGAAAGGCUCUGCUUGCAAUCAACAAAGGUCUCCAGAGAUUCUCUCCUUUGGCCGAUCCUCUCAUCCAAGGUAAUGCGUUAGGUGGUUCAGGUUGGUGCAUCUUUGUGUACAACAUUGGAGCUGAUACUGAGGAGAGUGUGCUAUGGCAGCUCUUUGGGCCUUUUGGUGCCGUCCAGAGUGUUAAAAUUAUAAGGGAUCCAACUACUAACAAAUGCAAAGGGUAUGGUUUUGUUACGAUGACCAAUUAUGACGAUGCAGUUGUUGCUAUCCAAUCAUUGAAUGGAUACUCGCUCAACGGCCAAGUGCUGCAAGUCAGCUUCAAAACGAACAAGAGUAAAUCUUAAACUAUUCAAAAUCUAGUCAAUAAAUUGUAGCUAAUACAAAAAAAAAUGUUGAUCAUUACCACGUCAUGGUUUGACAUCGUCUCGAUUAAAGCUAGUACUGAGUAGUAUAAUGAUGCAAAUCAUGACACAAUACCAGUUUGAACCCUAUUCGUUCAAAUAAGUACAAACAAAACUCCUCACAUUAUGAUAAAACAUUAACACAAAUUAAUACAAACAAACGGCAAACUGUUUUAAAAAGACUCCCAAUGAUUUACCUUUUUUAUAUUAUAAUCCUGUGUCUUUUAUAAUAAAUGAGUUGGCAAUACAUAUAAUACAGCACUUUUUUUUCAUUGAUAAUUAUUAGAAAGUGCUAAUAUAAUGAUACAAUUGACAAGCCAAUCAGAGGCUAGAUUAAUAUUUAUUGCUAACUCAAAUACUUCCUCUUGCUGUCAAUGAGAAUUUAUUACAGCAGAUUAUUAAUAAAAAUUUUAUAAAAAAAUAAAAAUGUCAAUCACCAUAAAUAUUGAUACUUUAACUGCUAUCAGAAUUCUCAUUUGCAAUAAGACAGCUGUAUUUACACACUAAGUACAUUAUUAGCAAUAUAUAAUACUUUAAGAACAGUAGUAGGUCAAGACAAAACAUUAAAUGUGUUCCCACUUUGUACGCCAAUAAGAGUCUAACUGAAAGUCAGGCAAUAAUUAACUCUUAACGACUUGACAGUGCAAUAUUAAAAUUUUUACUCUAAGUGAAAAAAAAAAUAUAUGAAAAUUUUAUUUAUAUUAAAACCGGUGCAAUUAUAACCUCACAUAUGUGUAUUUGGUAAAUACUUAUAAUGAUACAUAUUUAUAUGUAUUCUUUUUAUUUACAACCCAAUCUAGUUCCAAUAAUAUCAUACCACUCCAUAGACUACUUUAUUUAUAUUGAAAUAAAGUUUAUAAUCAAGUGCAAAACGAAUGUAUUCUAGCUGUUAACAUACAAAUGAUGGAUCAUAUCUAGCUGUGAGGAAGCAGUGAAUGUGGAUCUACCAAAGAUGUUGAAUAAAACAAUGACUGAUUUUACAUUUUGCAAUAAAACAAAAUAAACUGUAAUUAUUCUUCCAUAAUAUUCAUGUUACAUUGACAGCAUAAAAUUAUGACCUCAGCUUUUUAUGAUCUAAUAAUAAUAAGGUAAUUUUGAAAUUUUGAGUCCAUGCACAAAAUCAUUUACAUGUAAAGAAUGGAUGUUAUAUUAUGGAUAAUUUAUAUAAUUAUAGGAUAUAAUUAUAAUAAGAAUCACUUUUAUGUUUACAAUCAUUUAUUCCAUAACAAUUAAAUCUCAAUAUAUAAGUGAAUUUUUUAAAUAAUAAUUGACUACAUAAAAAUAAUUUCAAUGUAUAUUAUGAAGUGAUGGACCAUGACAUAAAUGUAAUUAAAUAUUGAUCAACAUUUUGACUAAAUUUUGUAAUUGUGACAUGGAUAUAUGUAACAGUUUUGUGAGUGCAUUAAUUAUUGUGUACAUAAAGUGAAAGUCAAGGUAUUAAAGUAUCAUCGUACUAGUGUCAACAUUGUAUACUUGACGUACAAAUACAAAGUCAUCUUUAUACAAUAAUAAUGAAUACGCCAAAUGCAUUUUAUGAAAUCACAUAUUUUCCAAUUUCCAAUAUAUUAUAUAACUUAAUCCUUAUAAUAAAAAUUUACAUUUGACUUUCACAAACAUGAUAUUGUCUCUAAUUAGUUUGUAUAAUCACAACUAUUUAUUAUUAUAUUUAAGUAAUUUCAAUUCAUUGUAAACAUAAUUUAUUAUAAUCAUAAUAGAUAUAUAUAGAUUUCAUUUUGAUGUUACAAUUAAUAUAUUGAAUAUCUAGUGUAAGUUUGCAAUUAGUUCAGUAAUUACUCACUCAAAUAACGAACGUACCUCUCAGGAUGUGUAUCGUUCCAGAUAUUCGUAUUUAGUAGGUCAUACUACUUGCAUAGUUAAAUUAUUCAUAGAUAAUGAUAAUGCAUAUCAUUUAAUGAAAAUACCAACUGCAGAGGUGAGUAAUUCUCUAAUAUGAUGGGCUUGUAAUAUGCAUUUCGAAUAAGUAUUCGUUUAAUUUCUAUGUGUAUCUAUAAGGAUAAAUGUUUCAAUAAUAUUAUUUAUUUAAAGUACUUAAACUAUGUGGAACUAGUCAGAUUUAAUUUUGCGCAACCUUAAUAUUUUAAGUGACUAUACUUAAGUAUUUAUAAAACUGUGUUCUCUAAUUUAAAUGUAGCUUAGGAUUUUGAGUUAAAAUUAUGUUCGUGUGGUGUUCGGUUAACAUAAGUAUAUUAUAAUACCAUGAAACACACAAAACAAUACAUAAAUGGUGUGUAUCAAAACUAGUCAAAAGAUUUAAUGUACCUCUGUGUAUAUGAAAGCUGUGGUAUGUGCUAAAUCUUUUGUCCGCGCUUGUUUUACAGCAAGCACACUCCAAAAUGCACCUGGGAACAUUCCAUCCCCUUAUUCAUAAAAACUAAAACCUACAGACCUAUUUUAACGUUUAAAGUUUAUUCUCGCUUUUUUAAAUUGAGAAUAUAAUGCGAAAGAAAAGGAGAAAACACUCCUAUAACUAAAAUAUGUUUAUUAGAUGUUUUUAUGAAUUAGAGGUUUGGUAUUCCACUUAAUUUAAAAACUGAUGUGGCUGGUAAUUAAUAUAAGGUAGUCUGAAACAUAAAUAAUCUAGUAAUUAACGGAGUAAACUGCGAUAAUUUAAAACUAUGAAAAAAACAACUAGCUCAUUUGUCAUUGUAGUUUCAUAAAAAAAUCAAAUUAAGGGAUACUCAAACCCUUUCAAAGGUUAAUCAAAUAAUUCGCCUGCUAUUGUUGGGAUUAAUAUUUUGUUGCCUUAAUGGCAUAAAAAAAAAAAACUUUAUUUUGCACCUACUUAAAUGGUGUAAUCAUACACAAGAUUUUUUGUUAUCGAUGUUAAGUGUACAGUCGGCAUGAAAAAGUUUUAAAUGUAUUCCAUUUUUUUUUUCGUUUUUAGACUAAUCUACAAGAUGGUUGCAUUUCAGACUACCUAAUAUUAGUCUGUUUACAAUAAUCUAAUCAAAUUCUAAUAAUGAAUUUAUUACUGAAUCAACUUAUAAUAAGACAGAAUGAUUUGAUAAUGUAAGAAACAGAAUGAAAAAUAGACUUUCAGAUCACAGUCACAGCAGUGUUUUAACUUGAAUUGAGGGAUAUAAAGAGAUCGUUUUGCUGUCUCCUUGUUCGCAUAACCGGACAGUGAACAUAACGCAUUUGAUCGCAUUUCUAGAAAUUGUAAUCGGCAAUGUUAAAGAAAGGCACUGCAAAGAUUAAUACAGAUGGCGCCACCGAUUGUAAUUGCGAGUUAUUGCCGCUAGAGCUAUUUUUAUACCUUAUAUUGGCGCCACCACUGCAUGUCUUAUUUUAAUUUUAUUUGUAUACUGCCUUUCCAAUUUUGUUUGCUACCUUUGCUAGUGUUAAUUUGAAUCUCACCUCCAAUAAUACUUGUAUUAAACUGGUUUGAUUGCGUGACACGCGUACGAAAGAUUCGGCACAUAAUAAUAUCUAAGUUUAUGUUGUGUCGUCCCUCCAAAUGAUUGAAAACAUUCAUAAAGCGCCAUCUCUAUCCUAGUUUGCGCCUGCGCAAACAUAGUUUGACGAGUCUCGUCCUUUCUAGAAAUUAUAUAUAUACAGCGAAUAGAUAGUGGGUCCCGUGGAGCCUCCCAGGCCCUGGCGGGUAUUUGGACGUCUCACACCCUAUGUGGUUCAGAUUGUCAUGUACAUUGCUAAAUACUUUUUUCCCUCUAUAUUUUUAUUUUAGGGUAGGGCUAUUCAGACUACGUAUUUUAAUAAGUCUAAAUGUAUUCACCCUCUCGGUUUUUCUCUAUUGAGCAUCACAUAGAUUGAUCUAAACCUCUUAAAAGCUGAAAUGCCAUCUGCAAGUCUGUAAAUUCAAUCUAACCUCAUCGUUAAUUUCCAUCAAAUGAGACCCUCUCUCCACGCACAUACACCAAUAUCAAACGGAUAUAUCGCUAGAAACGUUGCCAUUACCGCAUGAAUGAAAUAGAAAAAGACGGUAAUGUUCACCGUUUUACCGAUAAUAAAAAUGUACCUAUUGAUAGAUUUGUUUGCUACAUAAGGCGAGCAACAUUUACGCACGUAGAGAUGGCGCUGCACUCGCUUCUCCACCGAACUAUAACGUUUUGAUACCGAUUACACACCUGUCCCAUUUAUUGUUUUGUUUCACUUUUAGUAUUUGCGUUCGAAGAUGUGGUAUUUUGUGUUUAGAAUAGUUUCAGUUAAUUUUAAACUAACAUUUUUUUAUCAAUUUUUUUAGUGUUUACUCAUUUAACCACAUUUAAUGUUUGUUUUAGUUGUUUUUUUUUGUUCUCUUUGCGUUACUUUGGGCAGGUUUGGGUAUUGUAAGGUUUUGGCCUAGGACGUAGCUAGAAAUAUAAGACAGAGUACAAAUCGCCGAUAUAAUGUAUGAAAGAAAUGUUUGGCUUACUUACAUUUAAUUUCGAAAUAAUGUCAACGAAUGUAAUCUGAUGUAGGGAAUAUUGAUAUAGACAUUAAAUAUUGACAUUAGCAAUAAUAUA